UUGAAUUUUCUCUCAUUUUGAUGCAGUUCCUGAUGGUGGGGGGGGUGGUGUAAUGAGGGGAGGGAGGCUUCGGGAAGGCUAUCGCCGGAAUUCUUCAGAUGAUCAACAUGGAGCUUGGAAAAGCAAAAUUACUGCGGACUGGAAUUAAUGUAUUACAUCAAGCUGUUCAUCCACUUCAUGGGAUUGCCUGGACAGAUGGAAAACAGGUUGCUCUCACUGCCAUUUACCUAAUCAAUGGUGAGGUCAAGUUUGGUGACAGCAAUGUCAUUGGAAGUUUUGAACACGUCAGUGGUCUUCACUGGGGUCCUGUUUGUUGUACAGGGGCUUUGGCAUUGCUUGCUGUGCAGCAUAAAAAGCAUGUAACAGUAUGGCAGUUACAAAACAGCACCUUGGAACACAACAAGCUUUUGGUUUCGCAAACUUGUGAACUGGGAGAGAUUUUUCCAAUAUUGCAACAAGGCUGUGUAUGGCAUCCAAAAUAUGAUGUCUUGGUGGUAUUAACAAAGAGAGAUGCCUCUGUAUUGUUUGCAGUACAGAUUGAUAACCGUAGAGUUAAAGCAGAUAUUAAAGGUAGUGGCUUGAUUCACUGUGCCUGUUGGACUACAGAUGGGAACCGUCUAGUGAUUGCUGUAGGCAGUGCCCUUCAUUCAUACAUUUGGAAUAAUAACCAAAAGACACUUCAUGCAUGUAAUUUUUGCCCCAUAUUUGAUGUUGGAGGAUGCAUCUGUGCAAUAGAGGCAUGUUUGGAUUUUCAAGUGGUUGUGACAACUGAAUUGCCCCUUGAUAAAAUCUGUCGUCUGAAUGCUGGUGCUACCUUCGAUAUUUCUCCUAUGUCAGAAACUGGAUCGUUGAUGUCAAGACCCACAAUGUUGGCAGUUGAAGAAAACCAGUCAAUGAACAUGAGGAGAAAAUCAGUAGAUUCCUCAAGGUCUUUGGCAGAAGGCCCAAUACUUUCAACAGCUAGUCCUUUAGACCUGACUCAUCUUCUGGCAACUCAUCGCAAAUCUGAUCCCAGCCCCCUUAUUCACUUGAAGCGCAGGGAUUGCCUUACUGGAAGUGGCCAUGACGCUUCAUAUCUGAUUCUAGUAACUUUUGAAAGAAAGGUGACCAUAACUAGAAAAGUAAGCAUCCCUGGAAUUCUGGUCCCUGAUAUUGUGUGUUUUGACCCUUGUCGAAGUACAAUAGCUGUAUCAUCAAAUAAUUGUAAUAUAAUAUUAGUGUAUUCAGUGACCCCUUCAAGUAUGCCCAACAUUCAGCAAAUACAGUUGCACAAAAAUGAACGGCCAAAGGGCUUGUGUUUUCUGACUGAGAAACUACUAUUACUAUUAGUUGGGAGGCAAAAAAUUAAUGAUGUUGCUUUUCUCCCAUCUUCGAAUUCGGACCGUUAUUUAAUCAGACUUAUGACUAAAAAGCUACUGUUGGAUGAUGGUUCUGUAUCAUCAGAGACACUUGGGCAGUCCAGCAUUAAUAUCUCUGGAAUGAAGAAGUAUUUUGAAGAUCUGUCCAAGGAAGAGCGAUUUACAGGAAAAGAACUAUUAUUGCCAGGAAACAGUGCAGUUCAAUUUCCAAACAUUAAAAAGAGGUUGAUUGAGGAAGUAAAGAACAGCAGUAAUGAGCAGAGCUCAGAAGCAAGUAUGCCAAAACAAUCCGGACAAGUCUCACCUAGUGAACCUGCAGUGAUCUUAAGCUACAAUGCUGAAUCUGUAAAUAGAUCCAUAGAUAAUCAUGGACUUGGCACACCAAAUAGGAAUUUGAUUAGCCCAGUCUUAUUUAAUGGAGACCAAGUUACCCAGUCACCUGCUAGUACUCCACUGAAUAUUGGUGACAGUGCAAUUGACAAAAUGGAACAACUGUCUAAAAAAAUGGAUAGAUUAUUUGAAAGCUUAACAGAGAUAAAGCAGUGCCUUUCUCAAAUAUCAGAUUAUGCAAAAAAUGGAAAGAAGUCUUCAGUAGCCUAUUCAUCUGAUCCAUCCAUCCUUUACGUCAUUUAUCAGAAAAUACUGCAAGAAAAUACCAUUGUGGAUGAAAAACGAGCAUUUACCCUUUGUGAAGGCAGGCUUCGCCUGAAUACAGUGCAGGAAGUUUUUAACAUUUUUGCUGUUGAAAUGUUUCAUGGUUCUAACUGGAUUGUUCUAACAGCAGAUGAUGAUGGAUUUGCUCCAUUAAUAUUCAAACCAAAUCAGGAAAUUAUUAUUCGUGAUGGGAGGCUAAAUACAGGAUCUAUAGAAUUCCCACCACCUCCGUCUCCAACCGACAGUAUCAGUUUGGAAACUCAGAGAACAAUGUGACCUGUGCUGCACGUGGUCAGAAUGUAGUGAAAUACUUUGUUUAAUUUAGCUAUUAUGUAUUGUGUUCACAUUUGAGCAAAGUAAUUCGAAUUUAUAUGGCAGGUGGCUGAUCAUAAAGUGUUCGUUCAUUUUGCUGGAGCCUGCAUUGGAAAUGGAAUCCUGAUGAAGGGCUCUGGCCCGAAACGUCGAAUUUCCUGUUCCUUGGAUGCUGCCUGACCUGUGCUUUAACCAGCAACACAUUUUCAGCUCUGAUCUCCAGCAUCUGCAGACCUCACUUUCUCCUCCUGCAUUGGAAAUGUAAACAUAGGAGAAGGACAUUCAGGUCUUCAAGACUGUUCUGUCAAUCAAUGGCUUAAUUGUCUUCUAAAUGCUUAGGGCAUGGAUAGGGUAAAUAGGCAAAGUCUUUUCCCUGGGGUGGGAGAGCCCAGAACUAGAGGACAGAGGUUUAGGGUGAGAGGGGAAAGAUAUAAAAGAGACCUAAGGGGCAGCUUUUUCAUGCAGGGGGUGGUGUGUGUAUGGAAUGAGCUGCCAGAGGAAGUGGUGGAGUCUUGUACAAUUGCAACAUUUAAAAGGCAUUUGGAUGGGUCUAUGAAGAGGAAAGAUUUGAAGAUAUAUGGGCCGGGUGCUGGCAGGUGGGACUAGAUUGGGUUGGGAUAGCUGGUCAGCACGGAUGGGUUGGACCGAAGGGUCUGUUUCUGUGCUGUACAUCUCUAUAACUCUGUGUUUUUGAUGCAUAUCCUUUUAAACCGUUGGCUAGAAGAAAAGAUCUGUCAGUCUGGAAUUUAACAAUAUUAAUUGACCGAGCAUCAUCAUCUUGUGGGAGAAAAGUUCCAAACUACUAUCACUCUUUGCACAAAGAGAUGUUUCCUAAUUCAUCUUCUGAAUAGGAUGGUGAUUAUUUUAUAGUUAUGUCCCUUUGUCCUAAAUGCUAUACCCACUGAAAAGGUUUCCCAUUAACCACCUGAUCAAUUCCUUUCACAUUCUCAGAAACUCAAUCAAAUCACUCCAUUACUUUCUUUAGUCAUGACAGAGGCUUCCCGAGUCACUAGCCUUUAUUCUAGAGCAAUUCAAGUAACAAAGUUUUCCACAGAAAUUUAUAAAGCAAAGUGACAUUACAAACCAUAUGAUAAGCCAGAUGACCAAAAGCAUGGUCACAUCCUGAGUUUUGAGGAGUUUCUUAAUGAUGGUGGUGAGGUGGAGAAGGAUUUCCUGAGCUUAGGGCCUACAUAGUUGAAAGUUUAGCCACUAUGGCUGAAAAUUGAAACUGCUUAAGGAGUCUGAAUUAGAUCAAUGCAGAUAUGUUAAAGGAUUAGGGGAUAGGUGGAGCUAAUGAAGUCCCAAGAUGGUACAGAGUUGGCAAUAGUACAUGACAUGCAUAUGUGGUCAGUUCAUCUUUGGGUCAAAUAUAAAAUAAGGUUGCAGAUUGUCUGCUUUUGUGUCAGAAGUUGUCAGGAGAAGAAGUGAUGAGUGCCAUCAACAUAUGUGUGAAAACCCACACUGUGCUUUCAGAAGAUGUCACUGAUGGGCAUUGCAGAUGCGAAAUAAUAGGUGACUAAGGGUGGAUCAUUAAGGGACAUCAGAAGUUAUGCUGAAACAGCAGAAAGAGAUACCUAAUGUUAUUCGAACUAUGAUUUGGAUGGAUAAAAAUGAAGCCAGAUGAGUUCUUUGCAUUUGAACGACAGUGGGGGAGGUGUUGGAGGUGUGUCAUAUGAUCAACAGUAUCAAAGCCAGCAGACAUGUCCAGAAAGACAAGAAGGAAAUGUUUACCAUUGUCACAGUGUUACAGGGUAUCAUUUGUCACGUGAUGAGAACUGUUUCAGUAAUGUGCCAUGGCUGGAACCUGACUGGAGGGAUUGAAACAUGGAGAUUUUGGGAAAUUCUAUGAAAAUAAAAUGUUAUUUUUUUAACGUUGGAAAAACUCAGGUCUGGCAGCAUCUGUGAAGAGAGAAAAACAAAAUUAGUGUUCCAGGUCCAGUAUGACUGCUCAUUGAAACCAAAGAAGAACCAGAAGAUUUGAAACGUUAACUCUUCAAUUCUCCACAGAUGCUGCUGAACCUAUUGAGUUUCUCCAGGUCUGUAUUUUUAUUUCAGAUUUCCAACAUUCUCAGUACUUUGUGCUGAUUUUCUACGAAUGUCAUUUCUUGAGUGGAAGUUUAGCAAAAUUUAGUGUUUUUAAGAAAUAAUUUUGUUUAUUUUGAUGGCUGUCCUGUAAAACGCAGCACCGAUUUCACUUUUGAAGAAAAGGUUUUGUUAGCAUAAUUUAUUCAUUUUUUUGUUUAGAUAUUUACAGCAACAAUUUAUUACAUUAAAGGAGUUUUAUAUGUAUAUAUAUAUGUGUGUUUGUGUGUGAAAUAUCUGAGUGCACUUGAGAGGAUCAUUGGAAAACAAAAUCUGACCCUUAACCACAUAGGCGAAAUCAGGUCAGAAAAUCAAAAUCUAGGUCAAAGAGCUAGGUUUGAAGGAAUUUCUUAAAGAAUGAAAGUGAAGUGGAGAGGCAGGGAGGACAGUUUAAAGCAGAGGCUUAGGUAACUCACUGCAUGCCCACUACUGGUGGAUUGACUAAAAUCAGGGAUAUACUAGAGAACUGAAUUGAAAGGAGCACAGAUAUCUCGGCAGGAAAUGGGAUUGGAGGAAAUUUUUGAGAAAGUAUUGGUGAAAUCAUGGAGGGAUUAGAAUUUUGGGUCAGAAUUUUAAAAUCUAUACACGUUCACUGUGAGCCAAUGUAGUUUAAACAAGCAAACAUAUUACAUUAAUCAGACUACUUAUUUGAGCUGUUCAGAUUUUGAAAGCAUGGAUGCCUUUGUCUUGCAUGCUACUCAGUUGUUGUCAACAUUGUAAUUUUCUGAAUUACCGCAAUUUUAAUUUAAAAUAACUUUCCAUCUCGGCUGCCUUCAAAACUCAAGGAAGCCACGCCAGCAUUUAAAGUUGAAAAAUCGAAAGAUCACAGUGGGAUUGGCCAUUUUUAUGCUUGCCAACCUAUAAUUUCCUGUCCAUUUAUUUAACAAGCAGAGAACUGCAGUUGACAAAUGAAGAAGCUGAAAAUUGCAGCCCUCCUGGAGGACAACUGAUUACUGAUAUUCUUGUAGUAACAGGAAGAUUGAAGUAUUACUGGAGAUAAAGAAACAAAUCACAGCUUUGAACAGUAGUCAUUUGAAUUAUUUUCUCAUUGUCUUGUAGAAGUUGUAGAGAUUUCUGCAGCAAAAUCUUUUAUAAGAGAUCACCUAUGUCUAUCAUAAAUCUUGGAAGUCUGACAUUUAUGUAUGUGAAGUAACUUGAAAGUUGAGGGUGAGGUUUGGAGCAGAUUGUUUUGUGUGCAAAGUCUUCAGAAUGAUUUCAAGACUCACUUAGCUAUUUUUCCUCUUUUUUUUUAAAGUUAUAAUAACUGAUGAUAAACUGUAUUUCUUUGCAUUGGAAAG